GCUGCUCCGCAGCGCUCCUUACACUACAGUUCGGAGCUGCCACCUCGGAGAUCUGACUUUCACUCGUGCGCCCCGCCCAUCACUGCUUAAUCUGCAAAAAUGUCUGACAAACCAGAUAUGGCUGAGAUUCAGAAAUUCGAUAAGUCUAAAUUGAAGAAGACAGAAACACAAGAGAAAAACCCACUGCCUUCAAAAGAAACAAUUGAACAAGAGAAGCAAGCGGGUGAAUCGUAAUGAAAUCUGCCCUGCCAAUAUGCACUGUACAUUCCACAAGCAUUGCCUUCUUAAUUUUACUUCUUUUAGCUGUUUAACUUUGUAAGAUGCAAAGAGGUUGGAUAAAGUUUAAAUGACUUGUGCUGCCCCUUUCAACAUCAAAAGAAUAAAGAACUACUGACAUUGAAUUGAAUGAAGGCCCAGCCGGCUGCCUCUUUCCAUCUGCCUGUCCUGGCUAAUUUGGGUCCUGGUGGCAUUAAAAAAAAUUAAAAAUAAAAAAAAGCUUGCAUGUUGGUGAAAAGAAGAACCCGGGUGGGACUACAGUAAAUCUAGUUAACAGUAAAAUGCAAAGCUGUACCAAGGUCCUGGCAAGCUGUAAAAUGCAGUUAAUCAGAGUGCCAUUUUUUUUUUGUUAAAAUGAUUUUAAUUAUUGGAAUGCACAAUUUUUUUAAUAUGCAAAUAAAAAGUUUUAAAACCUGGCUGGUAUUGCUGUGGUGUCUUUGGAAGAUAGAUGUUGCAGGAAGAAAAAAUGUUCAUCGCUAACUGGUGAUGGUUGGGAUUUGUUUGAAAAAAAAGCAAUAAAUGCCAAAAAUUAUGGGUUUUGUGUGUUAGGUAAAUCCUAUUGUAGGAUAAGAAUUUCCAUCCCAAUUAUGUAAAAUAUUUGUAUAUAUGGCUAGCAUUCUGUACUGGUUAUCCAUGACCUCAUUUUCUUAGAUUUACUUAAUAUUAUUAGAAUUUGCCUUAUUUACCUGUAAUCUCAGUAUCUGUACUUGUUAAGUAUUGUAGAAACUGCUCUAUCCACAUUUUGGGAUUCUUUUUGUGUGACCUAAUCACAGAUCGGUUUGCAACUUGGUACCAUAAAUCUAGCACCAAGUAAAAUUAUCUAAUUAAUGGCAUUGGUGCAAAUACAGCCUGUUUAAGAAUUGGGAAUUUCAUGCCUUGUAGCAGGGGAAUUGUACAUGUGCAUUCACCUUAUUGUUUGACGGCCUAAUUUCUAUUGAAUGGUAAAGUGAACUGAACAUUAUCUUUUUUUUCAAUAACAAUUGUGAUUUUGACAAUUCAUUGUACCAUCUUGUAUUAAUUUGCAUAAUAAACCUUGAUGGACUAAAAGUA